AUGCUAGUAGCUGAACCAUUCAGGCACUUCAAGAGCAGAACGUUUCAGACAGAUGAGCUGUCCGGUACUCACAGACAUUCUUUGCUGCCUCCUUUUGGCUGCAGGACAAAUUUAAUCACCGUGUUGAAUUUUCACAUGGAUCUCUAUCCUUGUUCCAAUAGCCGGGCUAUCCAAGGUAGCUACUCGGUCUUGCCGGGCAUCCUGCUGUUUGCCGCUGGAGUAAUAGGGAAUGCACUUGCCAUUUUUAUCCUAUGGCAACACAAGCUGAGAGUAAAGAAGAAAACCACCGUUUUUUAUAUUUUGGUCACUGGAUUGACCAUAACCAACCUCAUGGGAAAAUGCUUGGUCAGCCCAAUGGUUCUUGCCGCCUACUCCAAAAACGAGACCUUGGUGGAGAUGGUCGGAAACCGAAACCUCUGUGACAUUUUCAGCUUCCUCAUGAUAUUUUUUGGCUUGGCACCGAUGCUCAUUCUUUUGGCAAUGGGUCUAGACUGCUGGAUUGCCCUCGCUUACCCGUUCUUCUACCACAACUACAUCACUAAACGGGUCGGUCUGUUGGUUCCUCUCGCUGUCUACAUCUUCAGUGCUGGGUUCUGCUCUUUGCCUUUUGUGGGCAUCGGCAAAUUUGAGCAGUAUUGUCCUGGAACUUGGUGCUUCAUUCAGAUGUCUGUUGAGGGUUCAAAGCCCGAGGUCUUGGCUUAUUCCAUUCUCUAUGGAACCAUUAUGGGAAUUUUUGUUUUGGCCAUCAUCGUCUGUAAUGCGGCUAUAAUGCGACGCCUUUACCAAAUGUACCAGAUUCAAAGCCAGAGGAAUUUUAAAUCUGGUGUGAAGAUGGAAUUUGUUAAGCAAGCAGGAAUGGAAGAGAUGGAUCAUCUUAUCCUCUUGGCAGUCAUGACCGUUCUCUUUACCGUGUGCUCGCUUCCUUUAACUGUUCGAGUCUACAUUGCAGCGUUCACAGCUGAAAAGAAUGAAUACGCCGACUUAAUAGUCUUGAGGUUCCUGUCCAUGAAUUCUAUAGUGGAUCCGUGGAUGUUUAUCAUCUGUAGGACGUCAAAGUUUCACACUCACGUUCACAAUCUAUGCAGUAAAAUCCACCACUCAAGCAACAUAAAUUCUCAGCUACUUGAAGACAGCACGAAAAGUGAAUUGUAACAUAACUAUUGACCCACGACGCAGGAGUUGGUCUGCUCUGGCGAAAGUUCCAUUCUUGGAAUUAUGACAAGACUAGUUUAAUAUAUAAAGCUCAAACGAUGUGGUCAACUCAUAGACGAAUAUGAAGCUACCAAAACAAGCACCUGCUUCCAGCAAAAACUAUUACGCGGACAUACAUUUCCUUUAUGAGAAAAACUGUACAGGUUUCUCUAUAAGAUGUCCUGACUGGCCAUGCCAUGGAAGCACAGCAAAAUACUUUAACAAGAUUCAGCUGUUAAAAUGUACAGAGAUGGAUAGUGAUGUGUACUGUGACUAUAUAUAAAAUAUAUAUAUAUAUGAUAAUAAUGUUUACAUAUUUGACAUAAAUAAAUUUAU